AUGCCAGAAGUGUUUGAAACGAGAUAUGUGGCCUUGAAGCGUCUUCCCAUUGAUCGCCAUGCUGACCUGAAUCUACGGCACUACAGCUAUGAAUGCAAGGCGACUGCGCAAGAGCGUCCUUAUACCUCGCGCCCGUCGCGAACACAGCAGUUGCAAAAUCCAAGGUUGAUGCCUAAGCUCUCAACAGAAGUUCCCAGUGACCUGACUCAGUCAAACGGCGUGGCGGAUGACAUACUUGCAAAAAGGGACGAAGAGCGAGGUCGGAAGAGAGACAUUGAUGGAGAGCACACGACAGACCGCCAAGGACGCUCGCCAAAACGGACGAGAUCAUGGUCAUCUCAUUCGACCAAUUCUGUUUCCACGAUUUCCACCAACCGAUCCGCCUCAGCAUCGCCCGACCGCCGUAGCAAGCACGGCUCUCAGAGCAAUGGGCGCCAGGCCGCCUCUGUGUCACCGCCCCCUAAGUCCCGCAAGAGAAGAUACAGUGAUGCAUCUCAAUCUGCCUCGUCCUAUUCCUCUGGCGCCCGACAACGCUCGAGGUCAAGGGAGUGGACCGAGGAAAGGAACAUCCGCCGACGUCGUAGGGAGAGCAGCCCCGAAGAACGAGGAAGACACCGUGAACCCGGAACUCGUCGCCGAAGCGAUCGACGCAGCCGCAGUGUCGAUAAGAGCCGAAUCGCGAAGGAGCGACGAUCCAUAACUCCCCCAGAGACUACGAUUGACCGCGUUGGAAGACGGUCAUACCGAGACCGAGAAAGUCCUCCGACUCACCAACAUUCCUCGGGACGCUCCAGGCAGGACCAAAGAGCACGACCAGAACCGCCGCGGGAGCGAAGCUUGAGUCCAUUUAGCAAGCGACUUGCCCUGACCCAGGCGAUGAAUCAUGCGCGGUAG